GGGCUGGACUGUGAAUGAUAUAUUAAAACAUCACAGGCAAGAGUUAAACGCCGUUUAAACGUUUUCCAAGAAGUCAUGCAACAUCCGUGCUGAGUGGAACUAAGUUCUAGCGGUUUACGGUAGUGCAUUGAAUGAAUUGGAGGUCACACCCACAGUAAAGAGACAUCAUGAACUCCCAGAGCAGCUUUGGGAGCAACUUUAUGUUUCAAUCCAUCAAUGAUGAACUAAGUGCUUCUUUGGCCACAGCAGACGAGCUCUCACGGGAGUUCAGCUCUCUCCUGCAGGAAGCCACUCCUGUUGUGCAAACCACCACUAUACAGAGUUCUGGCCCCAAACCCCAGAAUGGCAGCAGUGGCAGCAGCAGUUUGUACAGCGCAAACAAAAAUGGCAGUGAUAGCAUUCAGGGGAGCUCCAUUAGCAGCCUGACCACAGUUCCCAGCCAACAAUCCCUGGACUCCACCUUCAGCAGGAAAGACUCUAGUCUGGACUUAUCUUCUACCAGUGUGUUUAGGCCGUCAUCUCCUACUACUAAAAUGGACACAACUCCUGGCAAGAAUUUUAUGCCUUCGUCUCCCAGCCCUUUAACCCAGCAGCACUCCCCAUUAUCAUCUCCGGGUACUACAAGACGAGCAUCGCCAAUGUCCCUGAGGCCUCAAGAUUCAAGAGGAUCACUGGGCUUUAGGGAGCAGCCCCCCAUUUUCAGCCCCUCCUAUGAAAACAAAACAUCUCGCAGCUUGCUGCAGCCCUCAGCUAGUCCCUUUGCUAAGUCUGUCUCUUCAAGCCUCAGGUCUCCAAGGUUGGACAGAACUCCUUCUCCUCAACCUUUCAGUCAACCAGCAGCCAGUACACUACCACGCAAUUUCCAGCCAUUUAGACCCUUGGAAGAGGGAAUGCAGAGGCAGAAGAGCCCCUCUAAGUGGAAUGAGACAGACCUGGAUGUGAAAUACGAUAGAAAGUCUCACCACACUUAUGACAAGAAUGAAUGGAUAAGACCAUCUGUAAGCAACAGUAACUGGAAAGAAUCUAACCUGGAUGCACCUCCUUCCUCUAAAAAGGAUUCUGGUCACCGUCAGCUCUCAUCCUCUUUCAGCUCACUUCCGCGGAACACUCGUAUCUCAGUGCCUCCUGAUCAGGCCUCAACCACUGGCUCUCCUUAUUGUCCUCAGCCAAUAAUUUCCCGUAUCUCUAUUCCACCUGCAAUCUCUAGAGUCCAGCAGCAUAGGCCAAUCCCACUGUCCGUCAUUAUGAGGCUACAAAACCCACAUUAUGCUGUGGCUGACACCAGAUACUCCCUUGGACCAGUGGAAGACCCACAGCAAAGAUUUUACCACAAAUGUCCCCUUCCCCUGCCCCGAGAGUACUUGCAACCAGGUCAGAUCCCUCAACCUCAGCAACCUCAAAGACAGCCUGCCUACUACAGAGAAGCAGUUCUUCAUCCUGGAGAUGUUGAAGCUGAGUUGAACAGACAUGAUAGCACUACAGUAGAAGGCCCUGUGUGCUUGACUGACCAAAGCAAAAAAACAGAAGAAGAGGGUAAAGAUGAACCAGAGAUGCCCCCACGCCCUCUCAGCCCCACACGCUUGCAGCCUGUGAUCGCCCCCCAGGCAGAAUUAGUCGGAGACCUAGAGGAGCUGAUGCAAAUCCGGGCUGAGUUCCCCAGGGCCCUGAAGAAACGGGGCUCAGUUGAAAUGCCCAUUCCCCAGCCCAACUAUUACAAGCAGAUGAUGGAUAAACUGCUUCGCAGGACAACUAACCGAAUAAAGGAGGAACAAUUAGUUGCCGAAAGUGGCAGCUCUUCAGAAGGAGAAGAGAGUCCCAAAUAUACAAAUGCACCUCCCUUACCAAUCACUGAGAUCCAGAUCUCAUCUGAAAAUAAGGGUUAUCACUCUAUUUUGCGGAAGUCCAGUAAAGCCAAAUCCUCCAGCCGUAGAGCUCAUCUGAGCCCACUGGUGCUGAUGUUGGAUGGAGCUUUAGUAGGAGAAUUAGAAACUGUACAGAGGGCUGCACAAGAGAUGAGUGACCCAAGCCAGGCUAAUGAUGAAGGCAUCACGGCCCUUCACAAUGCCAUCUGUGGUGGACACUUCCCAGUGGUCGAGUUCCUGGUGCGGAUAGGUGCUAACAUUAGCGCUCCAGACAGCCACGGCUGGACACCUCUGCACUGUGCUGCAUCCUGUAAUGACCGAAAAAUAUGCGAGUUCUUGGUGCGGAACGGGGCAGCGGUGAUGGCAGUAACAGACAGCGAUGGUGCCACAGCAGCACAGAAGUGUGACCCAUACGCCCUGGGCUUUGAUGAGUGUGACCGCUUCUUGAGAGGCGUUGAGGAAGUGAUGGGUGUGGAGAACAGUGGGGUGGUGUAUGCUCUAUGGGGAUAUCCUGCCCAGACUCCAGAUGAACUGAGCUUCAGAGAAGGAGACAUGGUCACCAUCCUGCAGAAGCCUGAGGGGGUGGACUGGUGGUGGGCUUCACUGUGUGGCAGAGAGGGCUUCGUACCAAACAACUACUUUGGGCUUUUUCCAAAAGUACGGCCUAAGUCACUAUGCUAAAACGCAGAAUCCAUCCACCGACUGCAGACAGAAGGGGACUAAGUAACAGCCUCUGAUGCAUGCUUGGCAAAUCUCAGAUAACACUUUUUUUUUCAAAAAAUAGUGUUGUUUUUCUCUCUUACUAAACUGCAUAUUGAGACCGUUGUGAUGAGAUUCUAAACUUUUACACCGUAGCAAUUUAGUUUGUGUCGUUGAUAUAUUCCAGAUUUCUGAAUCACAGAAUGAAUUCCAAUUUCUCAACCAUACCAGGCUACCAUAAAUACUUCUAUCAUAAAUCACAGUGACCGGAAGUCAUUUCACUGGCAGUCCUGAAUAUAUUCCUAAACACGCUUUCUAGCUAAGUACAAACAUGCGUUAAGAGCACUUUUUUAGGAAUUUAUAGUUAGUCUGGUUCAGUCUCAUUUCUUUGUUGUUGUUUGGAAAGACACAUUUUCUGUCUUGUUCUGUGGGAUUGAGCAAGGAAGAAAAGAAUUCAUCAGUCUGUCAGUAUUGCUUUUGUCCAUGCGUGUGAGUUGUUUAUCAGUUAAUAGUAAUGAGACAUAGGAACAAAGAAUGUUAAAGAUGAAUUUGAAUGAUUGGUGCCCUAACUCUGCUUCUGAUAACAGAAUUUCACCGUACAUCUAGCCUUUUACCGUUACGUAACAUGUUUUUUUUCUACCUAUUUCUCCAUUGUUGUCACAGUGAUCUUUAGAAAUAAAAUAUGUGUUAUACGUUGUAAUAUAAGUUUUCUCCUCAGAAUAAUACAUACUGUACUCUCCAUGUGUGUUGUGUAUUAUGCAUUUGAUGCUUUGAUGAGGGAAGAUUUAUAAGGCGAAUUUGUUUUAGAGGUGUGUGUGUGUGUGUGAGUGCGUGCGUGUGUGUUUUGUGUGCCUCAUUGAAUCAAUUGACUGUGAUUUACAAUGACAAAUAUUAUUCUCUGUAAUCAAGUACAAAAAGAACUUAAAUAAAUAUGAAUUGCUCAUAUGUGUUGUGUUU